UCUGCAAUUGCAAAUUGCUGCAAAGAUGAAGUUGCUGUUGGCUGCUCUGUCUCUCUUCUUGAUCACUGCCGUCUACGGACACUCUGCAAGCGAAUGGAAAAGCAGGGUCAUAUAUCAAUUGCUCACUGACCGUUUUGCUAAAGACACUGAUGAUAGCAAUGCCUGCAGUGAUUUGAGCACAUACUGUGGCGGGACAUUUAAAGGGAUCAUCCAGAAACUGGACUACAUACAAGGACUAGGAGCCAAUGCAAUAUGGAUAUCACCCAUACCGCUCCAGACAGAUGGUGGAUAUCACGGAUACUGGCAGCAGGACAUCACUCAAAUUAAUCCUAACUUUGGUACAGAGCAAGAUCUUAAGGACCUGGUUAAUGCUUGUCACAGCAAAGACAUUUGGGUCAUGCUUGAUGUUGUUGCUAAUCAUGUUGGUAAUCAGAACUACAACGAUUGGUCAAAUUUUGCAAAGUUUGUUCCAUUCAACGACCAGUCACAUUAUCACAGUUACUGUCUCAUAACGGACUUUACCAAUCAACAGCAGGUUGAGGUUUGCCGUUUAGCAAAUUUGCCCGACUUGGAUCAAAGUAACAGUUUUGUUCGUUCAACUCUUAAGAAUUGGGUACAGAGCACUAUUCAGAAGUAUGGAUUUGAUGGUAUCAGAAUUGACACUACACCUGAGGUUCCAAAAGAUUUUUGGAGUGAAUAUUCUGGCUCAGCUGGUGUUUUUAGCAUUGGUGAGGUGUUCAAUGGAGACCCUAACUAUGUGUCACAGUACCAAGGACCACUUAACUCAGUUUUGAGCUAUCCAAUGUACUAUAAGCUAUCCAAUGCCUUUCAACAGAAGCAGACAAUGAGAAACAUUCAUGAUGGAGUGCAAGCUAAUCAGAAGUUCAGUGAUUCAAGUGUUCUUGGUGGAUUUCUGGAUAAUCACGACAAUCCUAGAUUCCUAAGCCAAAACUCUGAUUGGAAUACACUACAGAAUGCAUUGGCAUAUAACAUAUUUGCUGAAUCUAUUCCAAUAAUCUAUUAUGGUACUGAACAAGGUUUCAAUGGUCCCAAGGAUCCCAACAACAGAGAAUCACUGUGGCCGCAUUACAACACAGACCAUCCCCUGUAUAAAGCAAUAUCGAUAAUGGCAAAGUUCCGUAAUAGCCUAGGCUCUCAGCUCUACAAUGCUCAGCAGAUUGAGAGAUACGUUGAUGACCAGUUCUUUGCUUUCUCUCGUGGUAAUGUACUGGUUGCUACCACUAAUCUUGGUAGUGGCCAGUCAUUUACUCGUACUAUUACAUACCAUCCUUACUCUGACGGAACCAAAUUAGUAAAUCAAUUGGAUACAUCAGAUACAGUGGUUGUCAAUAACGGACAAUUCCAAGUUAACAUCAAUAAUGGCCUACCAAAGAUUUAUUAUCCUCAAUCCACUGAAGAUGUUCCCUUGGAGGAAGCAGUAGUUUCAGGCCAUGAUGAAGAGAACAAGACCCAUUAUACUAUCGGUCUAGUAACUGGGUUUGCAAGUCUCAUUGUUGUUAUUGUCAUUGUUACUCUCAGUGCAGCUGCUGGUGUUUGGUACUACAGGAGAAGGAAGAAUCAUCGCCAAUACAAUGCUAUUAACUCUGAUUGAAAAUGAAUUCUUGAGUGUGUGUUUAUACAAAACUGAUGAGGUAAUUUAUAAGUUUUUGUAAAAAAAUUUUUUUAUGCUGUACAAAAAAGUGAAAAA